GUCACGAACCCAAAGAGGAACUAAAAAAACAGUCUCCUGUGCUGGCCGAAAGUCACGUUCCGGGGUAAAGCCGUGAAACGUCGUUAUAUUCAGCUAGGCGAGCGCGGCUCGGUGUAGCUGUAGCCGUUCCCUGGCGCGAUAGUGUUGGAGAGGCCAGCGCGUGUCGAUGCUAGACGUGUCGGGCAUGACGAUCUUCUUCUUCUGCUGUACUACACUCUCUCUUGUCGAUAUAAUUGGAAGAGAGGGAAAAGGGGGGAGCCCUCAACAACCCCGACAGACGCAAUUGGGUAAAAGCAACACGUAGACUCUGAAAAGGCAUGUCACGUUCUAAACUACCGAAAGGGAGAAGAAUGAGGAAAAAGAGAAUAUCAUUACGUGUUAUGUUUUCAUUUUUUUCUUUCUUUUCUUUUCGUUACUACUUUUAUCUUGAUUGGUCUGCGAGAUUGGCUGCUAGAGAGCGUCGUCAUCGAUUCCGCCCGGCGGAUCGAUACGGUGACGUGCGCAUGUGGCCAGGUCGUCCCAUUAUCCAUUUAAGCGUCCCUUGGUUUUCAUUGAUUUUUCUAUGUGGAUGCACUCUACCGUGUGUGUGUGUGUGUGUGCCGUUGCAUUAUUCGCUGGAUUCGUUUUCAAUUGAUUAGUCAUUGAAUACUAGACACACACGGAAUAGAUAUCUCGCGCGGAAAAGGUUCGAUAAAUCUGGACGUGCACGAGAUUUUCUUCGGUUCGUGUGAUGGUUUGAUGCUGACGAUUGAAAAAUUCAUUUUGAAUCACCCAAAAUGUGCGCGCUUGUUCAGUGAUGCGAGAGAUGACCGAGUUUAUUGAUCGCCGGCAUCAUCGUAUUUUCUAGUAAAAAAUAAGACGCGAGCUGCCGAGUAUUGAUCGCCGGCUCUACUUGAUAGCUUCUUAAUCUGAUGACGUCGACCUUUGUCCGCUUUUUCUCUCUCUCUCUAUUCCUCGACACUUCCUGUUUGACCGUUGGAGCCCUGUGAAAAGAAAUACCAGGUCAAGGACGAAUGUAAUACAUCAACACACUUUGAUUGGCAAUUUUCGCCAUUGUGCCAUUCGAUUCGGCGUGUCGAUUUUUUUAUGAUUUUUCAAAUCGGGAGGGCCGUUCAAACCGGACAUGGAAUGCAGAUGAUGAAACACUUUCAAGAUAAAGAAAUAUAAUCUCGUGAUGUCACAUGUUUAUCAAGAGAAGGAACCCAUUUUAUUUGCUUUCCUUACAUAAACUCCCAAAGUUGCGUGAGAAACCUUCUAAAGUUGUUUGUUGACGAUCGCGUGAUUCUCUCAAGACACACACAUGCCAAUUGACGGCCAUUUCACGUCAUCUCUAUCUUUUUUUUGGUUUUUUUCUCCACGUAAUGUUUUUAUUUUGUUUGCUAGACAUGAAUCGCCGUCAGGACAGCCGAAUGAUAAGCGAAAUGAAGGAGCAACUCCGAAGGUUACAGGAACGCCGCCAAGAACUCGAAUCGCGCCAAGUGGAUGACGAAGAAGCACUCGGACAGAAAUCGAUUGUUCCUCACCUCGCCAGAGUAAUGAGGGAUCGCCAAUGGGCUCAGGUUCGUUCCAUGAUUCAGAGCAAUAUGGAGUCGAUCGAUCAAGACAUUCAAGAGACGAUUGGAAGAUUAGGGGCGGCCAUGCUGGAGGAGAAGGGCGAUCCUGCACAAUCUCCGCGUCGUUCGCAGCGACAUUUUCCCGAUUUGAUACCACGAAAAGCGAGUCAAUCUCCGCAAAAGCCGAAGACGGAACAACCCGUCCAUUCAUUUUCAAGCAACCAUCAACAACCCGGAUUCCUUCCCCAACCGGGCAGUCCGUCUCGUCAAGCUCUGCUGGAAGCUGUUAAAGAAACCCUGGAGAAACGCAAGAAACCGGCAAUUGAUGAAGAAGAAGAAAAGGGAAAAGAGUCUGAGCAAUCUCCGCGCGUCGGAUUCUAUCGAUUCCGUCACACAGAGACAGUUGCUGCAGUCCAGGAAGACAAGCUAAGCCGACUAAGCGUUCAAAAGCUUCCGUCUGUCACUAUUGCCACGCGAAAGCCGGAUCGUCCCCUAAAUCACGUCAUCAGCGUCCAAAGUCCAUCGAUCGUCUCGACGAUUUGCCAGUCGCCUGCAUCUGUCGAAUUGCUGACUGAACGCACUGCCAGCAGCAGCAGCAGCGCCAACCACCAGCAGCAGUCGCCACCCAACUUGGAAAUCCAGCCGGAUGAUGUGGCCCGCCUCUUUUGCGACCUCCUGGCCACUCAACUAGAACUGGCUGUCGAUUCGAUUGGCCCAAUCCAGCAACCUGCAUCUCCCAGGCAAUGUCAACGUGACAACGACGACGACGACGACAACGAGUUCCGGCUAACAAUCGAUAGCUGCACGCAGACGACUAUCUGCAACGUCAAGGACUCUUCAACCGUGAUGGAAAGAUGGCAUCAAACGGAUAGAGCGGUCGGUCCGGAUAGUCCUGUUUCAUCGGAUUCGGAAGAAGAAAUAAUGCAAGUUUCCAGUCAAGUCGAACAAGAAGUAAAAGUAGAAGAAGAAGAAGAAGAAGAAGAAGAAGUAGACGAACCGUUGACUCCGCCGAGGACAAGUUGCAAUAAUAUUGUUCCGGACCCGGCGCCACCACUGGAUUUGAAUCUCUGGAGACGACGCUACCCUCCUACGCCACCUUCUUCCUGUUUCGAAUCCUUAAUCAGACAAGUCGAAGCUGCCGCUCACGAAUCUUUGUCCAACAUGACAGUCGCUGCUUCUUCUUCUUCCUCCUCCUCGGACGCUACCGGAAUACUACUAUCAUCCAGCAGCCUUUCCACCAACGCAUCUUCCUCCAGUGCCACCGUUGCCGUGAGUUGGUUGUCAGAAGGCGAAGUGCCAAACCGUGUCGCCAGUCCCGGGCAGGUCGUUGUUCAAAAAAUAAGAGGAGCGACUGGAAAUAACAUGGAUCGAUCCGCCGAAGUGACGCUCAGUGAAGGGCAAAUCCCUUUUAGGGAUAUUGUUCCAUCAUCCAACUUCCACUUUCUGCAUGGCUGUCAUCAUUCUUUUCAAACAGGGUUGGCGUCGACGCUGAUAGAUGGCAGUUCGCAGGGCGAAAUCCUUUUACCGCAACAACAAACGUCAAGAUCGGAUUCAACCGCCAGUUUCCAAUCGGCCACCGGAAGUCUGGGCGAGAUUCCGGCUGAACGAUUCAGCCCCACAGAUGACGACUUGGAAUCUGAAUGAAAAAAUGGCGUCUAUUUUGUUACCUGUACAAACUCAUCAUUGUUUACAGCAACUCUCACGAUUCCGUCCAUCUAUACUCUACUCACAAACUGAACAAAUACACAAGUGUAGUUUUUGAACUGAUAAAGCGUCUCGACAAGAUGAUAACUGUUCAUCGAUGAAACGACAACAUAGAAUGUAAGAGUCUACAUAGCCGCCCUACCC